AUGAAUCAGUUUUUGACAACACUGUAUGUAUUGCUGUCGACGGAGGCAGCAGGAAUGGGGUGCGAUAUCAGUGACGUUGUCCGCGUCGUCCAGUAUGGAUAUCCCAACAAUAUCUCGACUCUUGUUCAACGACUUGGUCGAGCGGCGCGCGAUCCACACAUUUCUGGGUCCGGGAUUCUUCUUGUG